AUGCUUGCCUUAGCUUUGCUCAUGAGUCGUGACCGUUUUGAUCCUUUCAAAUUGUUGUCUACCAAUGAUAUUGAAACUGUUGUGGGGAGUGGAUGUCCUAAUCUUUUACGAAAAGCGUUGUAUUCAGCUAAAAGGUUGCAAGCCCGUGUUCAACUCGAUGAAGGGAAUGUUUGUAGUACUUGCAAUCUGCGUGGUUCUUGUGAUGGAGCUUGUGUGAUACUAAAGGAAUCAGAAGUAGCUGCUCGUACUAUGGACAUUCUGCCUAUAUUAUUAUCCUAUGCCCUUGAUCCCCUUGUUAUUUCAGGGGGAGAGAAGCCUCCUGGCAGAGAGCAUAUUGAUUUUCAUAGUUGCAAACUGGUUAUGCUUGCUAAUUGCAAAUGUAACUUUUUGAACUUUUCUAAAAAUCUGCAAUGCCUAAAAUGCAAAGAAGAUGGCCCCAAAAAUGUUGGUGGUGUUGAAACUGAAAUGAUGGAGAUUGAAUCUGCUCUGAGUAAGUGCAAUUUCAUGAACUUUUCUAGAAAUGUAUGGUGCUUAAGGUGCAAAGCAGAGGGUCCAAAGAAGGUUCGUAUGAAUGCUGUUCAAAUGAAGAAAGGAGAUUGGAUUAUUGGAACUGCCCAGAGGUUCCCUGUAAACCACAUUACCAAUUUACUUGUCGGGUUAAUGGAAAAUCUGGUCAUCAUGCUCUAUGAAAAUGUUCAUUCUAGUCCAUAUGCUCUGAAAAUAUUGAAGUGUGGAUUUAUGAAUUUUGCUAGUAAUAGGAAGUGUUUACGUUGCCAAGAGGCAAGGCCCGAGAGACAAUGUGAUUUCUUGAAUUACAGAAGGAACCAAGUUUGUCUAAAGUGCAAACAUGAACGAACCGAAAAACUAAUAACAGAGUACGAUAAGCACACCUGGAAGAGACCUUUCCAGUCAAGUAAAAAGGGCCGAUGUUUAUUUACGGAGAAGAUUACAAAGUUUUUGCGUAAUCUAAUUGUCCCGAACAUGAACCUUGGGCAGUUUAGUAGAUUCUACAAAGCGGACCUCUGUGACUGUGAUGGGACUGGCCAUGAUGACACAAAGGCCGGACUUACGGCUGCUACUGCUUCUCUUGGGGUUGGUAGUAGGAUGAUGUUUGUUGUGAUAAGGUGUUUGUGCUGA